AUGUUUUCACCACUGCUAGAUCCGGAUCCCAUACUCUGCACCACCGGCCCUAAUCUCAACAUCCAGAUCGACGGCGGCGACAAGCACUUCUUCAGCCCCGGCGACACCAUAAUCGGCACGGUAAGCCGGCAGACCCCCAUCGUCGCCCCGCACUGCUCGAUCCGGCUAUCGCUGCACGGCCGGUCCCUGGUCAGGAUCCUCGAGUGGUCAGGGAGCCACGUCAAGACCCACGCCGGCCAGGUCGGGCUGAUCCGGGACCUCGAGCACACGCAGGUGCUGUUCGAGGGCCCGCUGCACGUCGCCGCGGGCGCGGGCCGCGUCGCGCAGUCGUGGGCCUUUGCCGUCGACCUCCCCAGCCACGUGGAGCUGGAACGGCCCGACCUCGGCCUCGGCGGCAACCACCACUCGUUCGUGGCCGCCGCCGCCACGCACCCGCACCCGCUCCCGCAGUCCUUCUCCUGCGGCGCCUUCCCGCUCCGCUCGUCCGGCCACAUCGAGUACUACCUCAAGGCCGUGCUGCAGUACCGCACCCACGGCGGCGGCGAGGGCAGCGACGGCGGCAGGACCCUGUCCGCCACGCUGCCCGUCGAGGUGCGCAGGCGGAACCACGAGCCGCUACCACCGCCGCCGCCGAUCGCCGACUUCGGCGCCGUCACGCGCAGGCAGCCGACGUGCGUGCGGUCGUACCGCCUGCUGCCGGGCACGGACGCGGCGCGCGGCCGCCGGCUCUCGCUGCUGCUGCUGCAAAAGGCGCAUUCCGCCGUGGGGUCCAGCAGAGUCCCCGCGCUCCACGGCGAGUGGGAGCUGACGACGCCGACGGUCGUGCAGCCCGGCAACCCGGCGCGGCUGGUGCCGGUCUCGGUGCGGCUGGUGCCCGACGACGCGAGGUCGAGCGCCGCCGUGCGCGGCAGCCCGCCCAGGAUCCGGCUGCUGGCGCUGCGGCUGCGCGUGCACGGCCUCGCCGUCGUGCAGUGCCGCGGCGGCUGGCGCCCGACGCCCAGGACGCAGACGUGCAGCCGCGAGACCGAGUGCCGCAUCUGGCCGCCGCCCGGCCCGCCUCCCGCCCCCGUCUACAUCCCGUGCACCGACGGGUCGCCUGCGCUGGACGUCGCGGCCGAGGCGGGCUUUCUGCUGCCGGCGCUGACCCCGACGUUUGAGACCUUCAACAUCAGGCUCUAUUAUCGCUUCGAGUACCGGCUACAUGUGGAGAUUGCCGGCGACGACGUCGAGGUUCUCUUCAGCGAGGAGGUGACGGUCUUGCCGCCCUUGGGAGAUGGGCCGCGUCGUGCGUCGCUGGAGGGACGGUCUGAGUCGUGGAUCCGCCCGCCAUGCGAGUCUGAGCCACCACCUUCGUUCGACGAGGCCAUGCUAGGGGAGGGACUCGGCAGACUGCAGGUAUAG